AUGCCUGAAACUGCUGCAGAAAAUUGUGGCUCCGGAGAUCAAAACCGUUACUAUAACAUUAUCAUUCCAGAUUAUAAAGUCAACGCUCCUGGUGGCAUUACAACAUGGAUAAAUCAGGUAGAAACUCGAUUUAAACUGGCAAAAAUGACAUCUGAGGAGGAUAAAUUUGAUCAUAUGGUUGCGUCACUGCCACAUGAAAUAACGAAUCGCGUAUUCAAUAUAAUAAACAAUCCACCAACUGUAAGUCCUUUUACUACAUUAAAAGAUACAAUUAUAAAAGAAUUCAAGCUAAGCGAUGCAGAACGUGUUAAAAAGUUACUGAAAGGUAUUUCUCGUGGUGAUCGUAAACCAUCUGAGUAUUUUAGAGAAAUGAAAGCGCUAGCUAAAGAUAAAGUAACCGAUGAUGUUCUUCGAGAAAUGUUUCUAGCUCAAUUACCGAAAUCAGCAGCCGAUAUUUUGACAGUUUUGUCAACAACUUUGUUAGAUGAAUUAGCUAAAGCGGCGGAUAAAUUAUGA